CGAUUAUUAAUGAUCCGAAAAGUUGAGAUUUGUUCAAAUAUCGGAAUACACCGCCUUUUAUCAUUGAGUUACAUUGUAAAUGGCGGAGCCUAACUAGAACUGACACUGAAAAUUUCAUUGAUAGGUAAAUUAGACAAAUCAUGGAAGCUGUCAAGUAUGAACAUAUGGAAGAUAGUGGAGAUGAUGAUGGUGAUGAUGAUGCUUGGCUAGAAGAUGAUGAGAUUGAGUCUGUGGAAACAAAGUGCCUCUUUUGUAGUACCAAGUUUAAAUCUCCAGAUGCAGUAUUCAGUCACUGUUCUUCAUCACAUGACUUUGAUAUUAAGCAUUUUUGUAUGAAAUGGGAUUUAGACUGCUUUGGCUAUAUAAAAAUGGUGAAUUUUAUACGAGGCAAGAAACCAGAUGUAAAUGUCUUAGCAAAAUUUGCAAAUUCCAGCAAACCUCCAUGGGAUUCUGAUGAGUUCAUGCAGCCAGUUGAUCCAGAUGAUCCAUUACUACAAUAUGAUAUUGAGGAUCUUGAAAGUAAUGAGCCAGAAUGCCAUUCAAGUAAUGUAGAAAACUCUGCAAAACUGGGUGAUCAACAAACAGUUGUACGUAAUGGGGUUGAAGGUCCUUUAGUAACCAUGGCAACCACACAACAUGAAGCACUGUUACUAAGGUUACAGAGGUCAGAAGAGAAAGCUAGACAGUGUGAGGAAAAUUUACAGAGAGCUCUUGCUGACAUGGAAAAUAUAAAGCAGGUAACUAGAGACUUGAUGCUAGCACAGCCCAGUACUGUAGCCCCUUCACCAGGGGAUGGAGACAAACAAACAGAUAUUGAAGAAGAUGACCCAUAUUUCAGUUCAUAUGGACACUUCAGUAUUCAUGAGGAAAUGCUUAAAGAUAAAGUGAGAACAGAAAGUUACAGAGACUUCAUGUACAAAAACCCAAAUGUAUUUAAAGAUAAGAUAGUUCUAGAUGUAGGAUGUGGUACUGGUAUUCUGUCCAUGUUUGCUGUACAGGCAGGAGCACAGCAUGUUUAUGCUGUAGAUAUGGCAGAUAUAAUAUACCAGGCAAUGGACAUAGCCAGAGAAAAUAAAUUGUCUGAUAAGAUAACUUUUAUAAAAGGAAAGCUAGAGGAUAUAGAGUUACCUGUAGAGAAGGUUGACAUAAUUAUAUCAGAAUGGAUGGGGUAUUUUCUACUGUUUGAAUCAAUGCUAGACUCUGUCUUGUUUGCUAGAGCCAAAUAUCUUAAACCAGGGGGUGCAGUAUAUCCAGACAGAUGUAACAUCAGUAUUGCUGCUAUCAGUGACCUUGACCUUUACAAUAAACAUGUCACUUACUGGGAUGAUGUGUAUGGAUUCAAAAUGACAUGCAUGAAGUCUUGUGUGGUGAGAGAAGCCAGUGUGGAAGUUGUGAAAAAAGAAAGCCAAAUAUCUAACGCUUGUAUUGUCAAAGACCUGGAUAUUAAUACAUGUGGAUUAGAAGACCUACAGUUCACCAGUAUAUUUUCUGUCAAAGUUAGCCAAACAGGCAAUGUUACAGCCUUAAUUGGAUUCUUUGAUAUUUUUUUCGACAUGAAUUGUUCAACAAAGAUUGAGUUUUCAACAAGUCCUGAUAGCAUACCUACUCAUUGGAAACAGACAUUGUUCCUCUUAGAUAAACCUUUACAGUGUCAACAAGGUGAUAUUUUAGAGGGAAAGUUAACAUGUCGAAAGAACAGAAAAGACACAAGAUCACUUAUAAUAAACAUCAUAUUAAAUGAUAAAAAUUUGACAUAUUAUAUGGAAUAAAAGAAAAUGUAAAUGAA